UUCAGCGCAAUUUGAAAGAAGUGGUCAUUUGUGAUCGUCUUGGGGCUGGGAUUGUGGCUGAGUGCAAAUAUAGGCAAACCGAUAAAAUAUUUUUAUAUUCUUCAACAUGAUAAAGGAAACGGUGAAGUCUCUAUUUGGACAUUAUCAGAACAGAAAUACACAAGCAGAGGACACCUACAAUUACAUAGAGGAUAGAACACUGCAUUCCUUGGACAAAAUUAACCGUACGGAGAGUAGAGCUACACGUGGCAGCGAUUCAUAUGAUCAUAUAGAAGAAGGAAUAUCGAAAUCUAACAACGCUGGUGCAUCUGACACUCAAAAGUCUCUUUCGGCUCUACUAAAAACUGAACCGCAACGGUCUGCAGUGUUUAUACAACUGAUACUCAUACAAAUUACACUGGUUCUGAUACUUUGUGCGAUCAUUGCUCUAAUUGUGAUGUUUUCUGUGCAUUUGUCAAAGAAGAGCGACAAUGCGAAAUCCACUACUGUCACCUCUUCUACUACUAAUGCCGCUACGAAGUCUACUGCUAUCACCUUUUCUACUACUGAAGCCAUUCAAACUUUUAUUUCCACUACCACUACCGUCAGUGAUACCCCUGCUACAUGGACGUCAGUAACAACAGGUUCUUAUGUGCCAUGGUGGAUCACUUCUGAGUGGCCCUGGCGCGAGUUUUCGAGAGCAGUGACUGCACGAAAUACCAAUUACCCAACCCUUACAAAUCGUACAUCUUUUACUACAAGCGAGGAAUACGCGUCGCAGAAAACAUCAGUGGCGCAGGUUAAAACUUCGAAACCGGUAUGGAAUGUUUCUACUAGGCGCCGCUCUUUACGCAAGCUGUCGAUGCGGAAUGCCAGUUAUGAAGAAAUAUUUCGACUGAAUCUGCUUCGCCACUUCCAUUUGCCACAAAACCAACAUCUGGUGGAACUCAUAGAAGAAUAGAAGGAGUGCGCGCAGUGCUUACAAAACUUGCUCACUAAUCGGUAUGACACAUGCAAAUGUGGGUUUGCUAUGAUUACUGUGCUCCAAAUUGCCAUACAUUCUCUUUACGUUGAAAAUGUUAGCUGAUUUGUGUGCGGAGUGUACCUAUGAUUGGCGAUAACUAUUGCAAUAUAAAGAUUAAGCAAUGAAUUCAAUAAACAUUACCAGUUC